AUGUUAGCAGCUAUUGAGAAUGAAACCAUUAUUGCCGGUGUUACAACUGGCAUAUUAGCUCAAGACAUACAACCACGUUAUCAUGUAUUUUCAUCAUUACUGGUUUCACCACAAGCAAUGCUUGUUGCACCUGAUUAUGAUCGAAUAGUAGCACCUUAUGGAUUGAAAAACACAUCAAGCAAUGAUCUAUUUGAUGCACUAAAUGCUGCUAUAGCUGAUGUACAAAGAGAAGAUACAGAUGAAACAUUACUCACACAGAAUAAUCGAACAAAUUUAAUUCGAGCUUAUACAUGUCGUCAAAAUACACAAUUACCUGUUCCUAAUCGUAAUGAUACCAGGGGUAUUUUACGUGAUAUACUAUUUAAUACGACAAAAAUUGUAAUUGGUGGUUUAGGACCAAAAAAUUGGGGUGUACAUGAUGGAAAUUAUAACGUAUCAUCACCUACUGGUUAUUAUCCUGCAUUACUUGAAGCUAUUGUUAAAAAACUUGGUAAAUUAAAAGGACCAGAUGGAAUUGUUUAUAAUGAACAAUUAAGUUUUGAACGAAAAUAUUAUGCUACUCCAGAAUUACUUUUUCGAGCUUUACUUGAUGGAGAUAUUCAGGCAACUGAUGUUUAUAUACUUAUUGAUACACCGUAUAAUGGUACAGGUGAAACAUGUUCAAAUGAUGGUCAAUGUCGAGCACGUGAAACGUGUGUCGAUGGUAUUUGUACGUAUCCACAACGACCACGAUCACUUCAUUUUCGUACAACAUGUACAACAGCUAGUCGUGAUACGAAAUUUAUUACAAAAAAAGAUAGUAACUUUCUAAGAGAGAAUACAUCGUCAAACAAUCAAACUAAUGGUCCUCGUCAAACACCAAAAACACGUUGGAUUGGUUAUAUUUUAUUAUUUGUUGUGCUUUUUGGUACAAUAUUUCUUGGUUUACUUAUACUUAUACGUCGUAAAAAAUAUUAUCGUAUUGAACAUACAUUACAAGGUGGUUUUGGUAAAUUUGCUCGUCUUCAAGAAGAAUCUGAACCACCUAUUGAAAGUAUGGAUGCAUUUGAAGAUCAUGUUGUACAAUCACCCAGAGACAAUACUAAUUCAACAAGUUAA